AUGAUGAAGAUUUUGGUGGGUGGAACUUACAUUGGUGUUGAGCGGACAGCCGCCAAUUUUAAACCUUGGCCACUAAAAGCCAGAUAAACGAUGCAAAUAUUUCUUUGACAAAAUAAAGAAACAAACUCCCUCCCAACAUGGAGUCAACGAAAGGUGUUUUAAGUCACCUGAGCGCGCUGGAACAAUGGGCGAUUGGCCGCAAAGUACAACCUCUGCAGCGGAGUCGCGUGGAGGAGCUGCAGGCUCGCGUGGAGGCGCUGACCGCACAGAGGGACCGACUCAAGGCAGAGAUCCAUACACUCAAGGACAUUGUAAAACGCAAGGAACGACAGAUCAAUCAGUGCACAGAAGAAGAAGAAACUGGGGUUAACGACAGCGAGAACGAACAACUUCUGAAGUUGUUGGCCAGGCAGAUGCAGCUGAAAGAGCUUCUGCAUGCUCAUCACAUCAUUGGUGGCUACGACAUCAUCGAAACUCAAAGUAGAGACUGCGUGUGUGUGACUCUGACAACAGCUUAUAACGGAGUUUACCUUGACACGUACAACCUGGAGUUGAAAGUGAAGCCAACGCUGAAGAUCAUUCGCCACAACGUGCCGCCGUUCAUUGCGCUGAGCGACCUUGCCAGGCAGGCCGACAUACGGGACGACCUCAGGGGAUUCCUGGACGAGCUCAGCAUGCACCUUAAUGCCUUUGUAGGUCGCAGACAGCAGCUGAGCCUUGUUAAGGAACUCCAUCCGUGGGCAGUAGUGAUGGAGAGCAACAUGCUAUGUUCCUUGUUGGUGCUCAUGCUCAGGAUUCCCGGAAAGAAGGCAGAGCUGCUUUGCACACUCAAAUACAUGGACCACACCAGAUGUCUGCCCACAGAGGUCCACUUUGAUUGUGAAGAUGAGAAGAUUCCAGAGUCACCAGAGUGGAAAAACAACCUGAAGCUUCUUAUGGAGAUGCCAGUUCACAGAGUGUUAGACACCAUGAAGACCAUGUCACACAUUGGUUAAGUUUUCUCCUUCCUUUCCUGGAGUCCCUGGAUGAAUUCUAUCACCUUCCUGUGCAACCUCUCCCUCUCGAGUAACCUCACCUUCUCAGCUUGCUCCUGGGCUUCCCGCUGUCGCCUCUCUGCUUCCCUUUCCGAAAUGGCGUCGAUGGCAGCGAUGCUCUUCACCCGCACGAAAGACAAACUCCUCCGUAGGCUUCCUCUGCUGCUCGGCGGGGUGGCAGACAUAGACCUCGGGAACUCCGUGUCCAGGCGGCAGACUAUUUCCUUCAUGGCGAUACCAACCGUGGCUUUGGGCUCGCAGGCCUUCACCGCCCCCACCCGCUGGCGUUCACUUUGGAGCCAGUGUUGUCGUUGUUGCAGCAUUCGCCUCUUGUACCUAAACUCUGUCUCCAGCAGGUCCAGCUUGACACGAAGCUCUUGUUGGUAUUUUCGGUUCAAUACUCUCAGAUGGACAACUUUUUGCUCCAUUUGCCCUUAAGAAAUAUUACUGUUGAUGUGUUUGUUUUGUGUGUUCUCCGACUGAGGCUGUUUUCUCCUAUGGCUUUCUCACUGUAAUUUAAUAUAUGCUACCUAUUGUGUUUGGUCUUGUCUUUAAUGGUGCAGCUACACACGUAUUACUAGAUUGUGUUUCAAGAGGCCUUCAUUGUCCAGUAUUGUUGCAUGGACAAAUUUUCAUGUCACUGCUUUUGUAGAAAAAGUAUAAGUAAAAAAUACAAACAUUAGCAAAAAUAUAUGCCCGUCUUUCAAUAUAAUAGAAGUGCAAACAUUUUUGAAGCGCUAGUUAAAACUAUCUUUUUUUGUGUGUGAUUUUUUUUUUCUGUAGAAAUGUAAAAACCUUGUAUUAAAAGUCUAGAC